AUGACUAGCAUUUUAAACGUUGAGGACGAGCCGAUCUUUGACGAUCGCAUCGUCAAGAUCAAGACUCACACGUACAAUCCGUUCGCCAACACGACGUUUGAACAUAGCGACGAGAUAAGAAUACCUAUACAACAGCAAGAUUUGUACACGUUACCAUCUGAAAGUUUUCUAUACAUUGAAGGAAAACUUACGAUAAAAAGACCAGUUGCGGAGUCUGAUGUGACAUUGGGAAAUAAUUGUAUCGCAUUCAUGUUCGAUGAGAUUCGAUACGAGCUCGACGGUGUAGAGAUUGAUCGCAACAGAAACGUCGGAAUAACCAGCACCCUUAAGAACUAUGUAACUAUGUCAUCCAACAGAAUUAUGAUGGCGAGUAACGCCGGCUGGGAACCGUGGAAUCAUCUAAAUGAAUAUUUUAAUUUUUGCCUACCGCUCAACAUGUUACUGGGAUUUUGCGAAGAUUACAGACGCGUGGUAAUUAACGCUCGUCACGAGUUGAUCUUAAUACGCGCGCGCAACGACAAUUGUUUAGUUGGUGAACCGGCGAGAGAGCCUGAAAUUGAAUUAUUCAAAGUACAGUGGCGAAUGCCGCACGUGCUGCUGAAUGAGGUAAAUAAACUGUCGAUGCUGCGUGCUCUGAAAAGCGGGCGAUACCUGAGCAUGGCUUUUCGUUCAUGGGAUCUUUAUGAGUUUCCACUAUUACAACGCACAACCAAACAUUCGUGGGCCAUUAAGACCGCUACUCAGCUUGAAAAGCCGCAGUAUAUCAUUUUCGCUCUGCAGGCUGGUCGGAAGAACGUCAUGCUCGAGGACGCGAGCCGAUUCGAUCAUUGCAAACUGACGAACGUAAAACUGUAUCUAAACUCGAAAUGUUAUCCGUACGACGAUAUGAAUCUGGAUUUCGAUAAAAACAGAUGGUCAAUUCUUUACGACGUGUACGUACGUUUCUGUAAAACCUAUUACGGAUAUGAUUAUCUCGAGCCGAAUCAAACUGUCGCAAAUUUUCGGCAUAAAAGUCCGUUCGUGAUUAUCGAUUGCUCUCGACAAAAUGAAUCGGUCAAGAGCGCAACCGUGGACGUGCGCUUAGAGUUUGAAUGCAAAAAGAACAUGCCCGCGAGCACUACCGCGUACUGUCUCAUCAUACACGAUCGCGUGGUUCAGUACAACCUGUUGACCAACGUUGUGCCCAAGAUUACCUAA